UCCAAAUGAGCUUUGAAGGUUGAAUGGGAUUUGGAUAGGUGGGGGGUAUUGCCAAAUGCAGAAGCCUGAAGGCGAGUAACUUAUGUUUAGGGAAUGGAGAGUACAUCUGCAUGGUCCAAGGGGGGAUUUCACAGGAUAAUCGAGUGACGAGAUUCCCCUUGGCCUGUCUGGAUACUUAGUCCUGGAUCUGCUACUAUAUCUGUGACAUCAGGCCUUGAGCAGUGAUUGCCUCACUGCUAAAUUAAAAGAGCUGCAUCUGGUGAUCCUUAGAAAGGCACGUUCUAGCACUAAGAUUUUUUUUUAUCAGAUUAUAAGAAAUGAAAACAAGAUUAGUUAGGUUAAGUGAGGGACCCACUCUUCAUGCCUGGAAAGAUGAUGAGAACUGCAUUUGAAGGGACAGUCGUCAUAGAAGGUUUCAUUUGUCCAGUUCUUCCUACAUAUGGUGCUCUUUGCUAAGUGCUAAAAGGCACAAUAACUUCACCUCUCACAGCAACCCCAUUUAAAUGGGGACGCUGAAGCACAAAGAGGAUGGAACGGAAAGACAUACAGCUACGAAGCGGGAGCUCAGCUUCAAACCCAGGUGGUCUGUUCUAAGAGCCACUGGUCCAUCAUGCCUCCUGAUGGAUGGUGACAGUUCUACAACAGAUGCUUCUCAAUUAGGAAUUUCUGCAGACUAUAUUGGAGGAAGUCACUAUGUUAUACAGCCUCAUGAUGAUACUGAGGACAGCAUGAAUGAUCAUGAAGACACAAAUGGUUCAAAAGAAAGUUUCAGAGAACAAGAUAUAUAUCUUCCAAUUGCAAAUGUGGCAAGGAUAAUGAAAAAUGCCAUACCUCAGACGGGAAAGAUUGCGAAAGAUGCCAAAGAAUGUGUUCAGGAAUGUGUGAGUGAGUUCAUCAGCUUUAUAACAUCGGAGGCCAGUGAAAGAUGCCAUCAAGAGAAACGGAAGACAAUCAAUGGCGAAGAUAUCCUCUUUGCCAUGUCCACCUUAGGCUUUGACAGUUAUGUAGAACCUCUAAAAUUAUACCUUCAGAAAUUCAGAGAGGCAAUGAAAGGGGAGAAAGGAAUUGGUGGAGCAGUCACAACUGCAGAUGGACUAAGUGAAGAACUAACAGAAGAGGCAUUUAAUUUCUGGUGUUCAACAAAUUCAGUUUUCAUGAUCUGAAGAAAUGAUGGAGUGGAGUAGGAGAAGCAAGUCUGUACGAUUCCGAAGCAGAGACAUUAGAAGGAAAGGACUGGGAAAAGUUGUCUCUCUGUAUAUUAAAUAGCUGUAAUGUAGCUUCCUGAUGCUUGACUAAUUGAGGUGUUAAUUCUGACUUGAGGAUCUUUUUCAUGAAUGAUUUUAAAGAAAAAUUUGGAUUUUAAAGGUAUUAAAAUAUUUUUGUUUUGUACAAGAGUUUGUUGCUCUGUAUGACUCCUGUAUGCAUUGUAUAUUGCAAUUUAUUACUGUCAGAGAUUUGUAGACAGUUUCUUAUUUUCAUAUUGAAUCAUGUUACUUUUGUAAUUCAAGUAAGCAGCUGGGUUAAUUCAUGAUGUUUGCCCUUUUAAUAAAAUACAAGGGUAGAGUUCAUUUUGAAUGCAAGUUGCCUUUAUUAUAAGUUUGAGUUUGUCUUGGUUAUAUACUAUCUUGCAUGAUAACCUAGCUAGAUUUUUAACAUUUGCCAUAUUUAUUAAAAUUAAUUUUUUGUAAAACCUUCAUAGCAUAAGCAGCACCAUUUUUAAAAAAUGUAACUGAAAAAUUAAGUGUGAAUGCAGAGGCAAAUAUUGUCUGCCCUAUUAAAUUUGGUGCCCAUUAACAGUGUUAACACUGUUCAUUGUGCCUGUUAAGAUAAUUUUAGUUUAUUGGAGCUUUGUUAAGACUACAUUUAUUUAUUAUAAGUGUUGGAAUUCAUUUAAGUUUAAUGUAGUCCUAGUGCUCUUGAAAUGGUGCCCCUUUCAUUUUGUAUAAGAUUUUUCCAAAACAUAUCUUACUAUCCUCUUCCAGAAGAGGGACUUUAUAGUCUGAUGGUAAAUGUCCUCAUUUUACUUUUUUAAUUGAAAUGUCAAGUUUCCGGUUAUACUAUGGGAACCAAGAAGCAUCAGACAUCAGUCUGUAUACUGACAUUUUUUUGCAUGGGUGAGUGAAUGACAUGAAGAAUUGAGUGAGUGCUAUGAAUGGGGUGAAAGAGAAGCCGCCAACUUCUAAUGUGCUGUCUUGAUCUUUGCAAUAAACUAAACUUAUAUAAUGUAA